GUGGGGCCAAUGCGUGGAUAAUUAUGGUGCUGAUAUUUUUCCCUAAAAAAAAGAUGUCAGCCUCUGGCUGUAGUAUUCCUCUUUAAAAACCCUCUCUGAAAAUGUCAUGUCCCAACAAUGUGACUCCUAAUUCGUUUUUGAUGGACUCCUUGGCCGGUAACUGCAGAGGAGAGAAUUAUUCUUCCAACCAAGGGAUGUAUAUGCAAUCUGGGAGCGAUUUCAGCUGUGGAAUGAUGAGAAACUGUGGAAUUGUCCCGUCUCUUUCCAAAAGAGACGAGGUGAAUAACAGCACCUUGUCUCUCAACACCUAUCCAUCUUAUCUAUCCCAACUGGACAAUUGGUGUGAACCCAAAAAUGCCUAUAGGAUUGAACAACCUGUUGCAAGGCAGCUCUCUUCCUGUUCUUUCCCCACCAGUGUCAAGGAAGAAAAUGUUUGUUGCAUGUACAAUGCUGAUAAAAGAUCAAAAAAUGCCAAUGAGGCUGCUGUCCUCUACCCAAACCAGCUGCCUGAGUCUCGCUCAAGUGACCAUGAGGUCCCAGUGCCCAGCUACUACCGAUCUAGCCAAGGUUACUCCAUGGAGAAGAACCCCAGCUGUCACAACCCACCCGAAUUUGAGGCAAGUUUUGAAAAUAGAACAAGCCUCAACCCAAGAAGCGAUCUCCAUGAGCAGCCCCAGCAGCAGGCAGGGGGUAAGGUGGCAUUCCCUGAAAAUAGCAACAAGGCUGAUAGCCAGACCUUGGCCACCAAUCUCUCCACUAAUGCCAGCAGUGCAGCAAAUGAAAUAAAAACCGAGAAAAGCCUCCCAGGUCCAAAACUGACAUCCUCGGAUGGGGAAAAAGAGCUUAGUAAGAGUAUUGACACCAGCACUGAUAACUCUGACAACGAAGCAAAAGAGGAUAUAAAGGCAGAAAACGCCACAGGAAAUUGGCUGACAGCUAAGAGCGGAAGAAAGAAAAGGUGUCCUUACACUAAGCAUCAGACGCUGGAACUGGAAAAAGAAUUCUUGUUUAAUAUGUACUUGACCCGUGAGCGCCGCCUAGAGAUUAGUAAGAGUAUCAACUUAACAGACAGACAAGUGAAAAUCUGGUUUCAAAACCGCAGGAUGAAGUUGAAGAAAAUGAACAGGGAGAACCGAAUUCGGGAACUGACUUCCAAUUUUAAUUUUACUUGAGCUUCCAAAACACUUCUUCUACAAAGAAGCCAAAAAAGAAAUAACAUGCUCCCCCCCCCCAAAAAAAAAAAACAAACUAAAGAGAAUAAUUAAAAAUAAGAAGCAAAUUAACACUUGUAAGUUUUCUAGGUCAUUAAUGCAAUGCAUAAAAAAACACACAAAAAAACCUUGUAAUUAUCUCAGGCUAGUUAGCCCUUCUGUUAUUUUCGGUAUUUACAGUUUGUAGAUAAAAAGAUGCAUCAUUUCAACGCAUGAAAAUAUAUAUAUUGCAUCCUUGUUUCUAUGUAAAGACGGUUAAUGAGCCAGCUACUGAAAUUGUAUUUUUAAGUUAUUUACGUCCAGCACAAACAAAGAGACCUUUUUAUCUCUUGGCAAAAAAAAAAAAAUAUGUUUAAGAGAACUAUACGUGUCGAAAACCUUCGCUUUCUUACAUUAGUGCAACCUGUAUAUUGUAUUACAAGCCAAAAUGACAAAUUGAUUUUAAAUGUUUGUAAAUGAGCAGUUGCAGUGAGGUUAUGAACUUUAAAUAUAUAUAAAUAUAUAAAUAUAUCUUAUGCGGUACCUUUCUCUGGUACACUGCAUAUUUUUAGUGAGGAAAAAAAACAGUAUUGAAAAUCCUUUAACUAUACAUUUAUUGUGACUGUUAUUUAACUACACCUUGUAUGUGUAAUACUUUGCAUGUAUUUUCCUUUGUGGAGAAAAAUAAAUUUCAUAGAACUGU